AGCGAUCUAUAUAAGUGGCCAGUGGCGAGAGCCGAACAUUUGUACUGACCUUCAGAGACUUGAGCUUAGUGCAAUGGCGCCUUCCAGGAAGUUCUUCGUGGGGGGCAACUGGAAGAUGAACGGGAGGAAGAAGUGCCUGGGAGAACUCAUCUGUACCCUGAACGCAGCCAAAGUGCCGGCAGACACCGAGGUGGUUUGUGCACCGCCCACUGCCUACAUCGACUUUGCUAGGCAGAAGCUGGAUCCCAAAAUUGCUGUGGCUGCACAGAACUGCUACAAAGUGACCAACGGGGCCUUCACUGGGGAAAUCAGCCCUGGCAUGAUCAAAGACUUAGGAGCCACCUGGGUCGUGCUGGGGCACUCAGAAAGAAGGCACGUGUUUGGGGAAUCAGAUGAGUUGAUUGGGCAGAAAGUGAACCAUGCCCUAGCAGAGGGCCUCGGAGUGAUCGCCUGCAUCGGGGAGAAGUUAGACGAAAGGGAGGCUGGCAUCACUGAGAAGGUGGUUUUCGAGCAAACCAAGGUCAUCGCAGAUAAUGUGAAGGACUGGAACAAGGUGGUCCUGGCCUAUGAACCUGUGUGGGCCAUUGGGACUGGCAAGACUGCAACCCCCCAACAGGCCCAGGAAGUACAUGAGAAGCUCCGGGCAUGGCUGAAAUCCAACGUCUCUGAGGGGGUGGCUCAGUGCACCCGGAUCAUUUAUGGAGGUUCUGUGACUGGAGCAACAUGCAAAGAGCUGGCUUGCCAGCCUGACGUGGAUGGCUUCCUCGUGGGCGGUGCAUCUCUCAAGCCUGAAUUUGUGGACAUCAUCAACGCCAAACAAUGAGCACUGCCCAUCCCUCUACUGCCUGCAUAGCCUGGACUAGGUUGCCCAGAAGUUUAGUAACUGCUCCCACCAGUCACCUGCUUGAGAUGACAUCAUCUGCCCCAUCUUGUGGCCUCACCCACAGUGUACCUUCCUGAGCCUUUUACACCUCCCCAUAAUGGUUGGGACCAGGCCAAUCCCUUUACCACUUACAAUGGGUAGAAUCAAAUAUGUCACCAAGGUGGCUCCCUGGGGAGUGGAAGGAGUAGAACUGACUGUCCCUUUGGGCUCUAACAUGUGAAAUCACCUUCCAUUAGUUUGGGAUGGAAAGUCAUGGCUGGAACACAGAAGUGGGCUUCGUGUCACUUUGGCCUGUCACUUAGAUGGCCUUGGCUCUGGCUUCACUCCCAAGCCCUAUUGGAUAUGUCACGCAGAAAUUCAAGCCUUCGGGUCUGAAUUUCAGUAUACAUUAAGGCCAAGAUCCUCUUUCUCUCAGAGGCCUGGGAUACUCCCUCCCCCACAGUGCCGAACCCCUUGUAUUGUGUUUGUGAACCAUCAUGUAAGGGAAAUAAACACCUGGGCCUAA